AUGGUUGCCACCUUAGAUUUUGGGAAAUUUAAUUCAUUUUGUCUCUUGUAUUAUCAGUUGGAUCAUGCCAAUGAAUUAUCAAACUCCCUGAAAGAAAGUGCCAAUAUUAACACUGUUUGGGCAUCGCUUAUUGUUGAAGAAUGCACAAGACUUGGUUUGAUGUAUUUGUGUAUUGCUCCUGGAUCUAGACCUUCCCCUGUUGCUGUUGCUGUUGCAAGUCACAAAUUAAUCACAUGUAUUUCAUGCUUCGAUGAGCGUUCACUUGCAUAUCAUGCUGUUGGAUAUGGAAGAGGAUCUCACAUUCCAGCAGUAGCCAUUACAUCAUCAGGCACUGCAGUUUCCAACCUUCUUCCUGCUAGUCCAAAGAAGGUCAACUUGGUUGCUGCUCUGGUUCGUGGUAUGCUUGUUAAAGAUGCAUCGAUGCAGUUGGAAUCGACAAUAAAACGAGCAGCAAAAACUGUAUAUCAGGUUAAAGAGUUCCAUAGAAGAGAUGGUUUUGAGGUACAAUAAUUGUUGUUGAAGAUGACAAGGGACCUGAAAGAGGAAUGCCGAGCUUCAAUUCUGAGUUACCCAAUUCCAAUUCAUGGGUUGAGGAUGUUACAAGAGUUUGGGAUCCUUGCUGACCAGUGACUAGGGUUGAGGAUUUUACCAAGAGUUGAAGACCGUUGCUGCUAGAAUGUCAAGGUAAAGAGAAACGUUGUUAAUUAGUAUCCUUUUAAGGUAAAAAAAAAA